AUGGGGAUCAGCAAUUUUGCAGACAUAUGUGCUCGGACGCCACUCCCAUUGUGCUCCGUUGUCAAAUCGUCCAAACACCUGGUGCUUUCGAACUCCAGUGUGAUCCAUAACUUCGAUCCCAAGCAUUUGAAUGUGGGGAUCUUGCCCAAAUGUUACGCGAGGUCGAUUGAGUUAGCCAACACAAUAAUAUUUGGCAUUGGCAACGCGUUUAUAAAUAUUGGUGCCCUGGGCAUUAUAUUAAUCAUUCUUUACAACAUCAGGCAGAAAUACACCGCCAUUGGAAGGUCCGAGUACUUGUAUUUUUUCCAGCUGACAUUGCUACUGAUUAUAUUCACGUUGAUAGUAGACUGUGGGGUUUCUAUUCCAGGGUCAGGUCCGUACCCGUAUUUUGUGGCCGUUCAAAUCGGUUUUGCGGGGGCGUGCUGUUGGACUCUUUUCACAAACGGACUUCUAGCAUUCAAUCUGUGGGAGGAUGGGACUACAAAAUCGAUGGCUAUAGUGCGCACUGCUUCCCUGUGCGGGUUUUUGGCCAAUUUCCUCGCGGCAAUACUGACCUUCAGGUCGUGGAUAUCAGACCACCAGAUCCCCAACACGAAUACAACUGGGAUGUUUGUCGUCGUGUACGUGUUCAACCUCAUCCUUCUGUUUUUUUACGUCAUGUGCCAAGUGAUAAUCUCAGUGAUGAUACUGAGGAACUUCUGGGUCCUGGGUUCCGUCCUGCUCGGUGUUUUCUUCUUUGUGGUAGGCUUGAUACUGACGUAUGGGUUCUCGACCCAAAUAUGCGAGGGGGUCAAACAUUACCUAGACGGUCUCUUCUUUGGGAGCAUUUGUAACACGUUUACUCUCAUGAUGGUAUACAAAACGUGGGAUAUGACCACGGAUGAUGACCUUGAGUUCAGCGUGAGCAUUAACAAGGAAGGCGGUGCUAUUUACGAUAAUUUCUGA